AUGGCAUUUUUAUUGAAAAUUCCCACUUGGGUUGCUGGCGGGGGUAGGACUGAAAAGCCAAUGCUCAAGGCUGGUAAUGCGUACCACAAAUUCAGAGUGAAGAGGAACUGCUGGCCUAAGGUUCGUGGGUGGGCUAUGAACCCAGUUGAGCAUCCUCACGGAGGAGGUAACCACCAGCACAUUGGACAUGCAAGUACAGUCAGGCGUGAUGCGCCUCCUGGCCAGAAGGUCGGUCUCAUUGCUGCAAGGAGAACAGGAAGACUUAGAGGACAAGCUGCUGCCACUGCCUCCAAGGCUGACAAGGCUUAA